AUGUUCAACUUCAGCGUCAUGUGCAUCACCUACAUCCGCUUCCACACAGCCAUGAAGGCGCAGGGUAUCGACAGGAAAACCCGGCUGCCGACUGUGUCUCGCUGGCAGCCGUACGCGAGCUACUGGGCGUUCCUCUGGAGCUUCAUCUUUCUGUGGGUGCAAGGCUAUGCUGUUGUUCCGAACGGCAGCUGGAAGGCCUCGACCUUCAUCUUCAAUUACGGCAUCAUCGCUCUUGCUGGCGGUAUCGGGAUCUGUUGGAAGAUCUUCAAGCGGACGCGUUUCUGGAGGGCGACGGAGGUGGAUCUCGUGUCAGGUCUGGAGUUCUUCGAGACGUUGACUGAGCAUUAUCAGCAUAUCCAGGAUGGAACACCAGUCACGUCUAAGGACAAGAUUAUGUCGGCGUUGGUUUGCGUGAAAUCGACUGGGCGAUGUUGA